UGCCCAUGUAAAGAUUUCAGUUAAACGAUUCUCCCUAGAUUGCAAAACCAGAAUUAUCCAGCACCCAAAUCUAAAACGUUGUUUCUUCGUAUUCAUGGAUUGAGUUGAGGAUAACCCGCGAAGGCAAUGGCGGCAUCGCUUUCAUUCACCUCUUAUUUCCCAAAUCAAUUUCAUACCCAAAAAAUUGCAGCCUCCUUUCAAUCCACAUGCAUUUCUCCUACCAAAUUUCUUAACGUAAAAUUGAACAUCCGAUGUUCACCACGUCGGAGGUUCGAUUUCUCGAUACAGGAAAAACCCCGAAAAGUCAUUUGUGCGAAUGCCAACAACAAGAAUUCAAUACCCAUCCCAGAUCGAUUACUCGCAGCAGUUGGCUACUUUCUGCCCUUCUUCGACGGAGUACAAUACGGUCGUUUUUUCUUGAUAGAUUUCCCUUCUGCACAGCUUCUUCUCCAACCCCUUUCCCCAGCCAUUAGGGUUUACAAAAGCUACCCAUAUGCAAGUAUUCUCGUGCUUAUUAUACUCUAUUUUUAUGUUGUGCCAAACCCUAACAUAAGGCGUUAUGUUAGAUUUAAUGUCAUGCAAGCAGUUGCCUUGGAUGUUCUGCUUACUGUUGCUGAUAUUGUGGAUCAUGCUUUUGAGCCACAGAACGGGAUUGGCCUCAGCUUGUUGACGAGUUUUGAUACUACUGUUUUCCUCUUCCUUCUAACUUGCCUCGUUUACGGUUCGACCUCUUGCCUUAUGGGCCAGGUUGCUAGAUUGCCUCUUGUUGCAGACGCAGCAGAGACACAGGCCAGGAUUCUGAAUCUAAAUGAUGCGAUUAUUUCGCUAUCAUCCAGUUACCUGAACACUCAAUUCAAGGAUGUGUUACCUGCCUCAUGCUCAUACCCACAUCGUAUCUUGUGGUGACUAUAUUGGAAGGUUAUCUAGGUGCAUCUUUAUUCAUGUGUUCAUGUAAGGUAUUCAAAUUGAAAUAUCCAUCCUCGACUCCAUAUACAUAUGCUCCAAGGAAUGGCAUUAGCAGAGCCCUUCUCAGCAGGAGCUGCCAAAAUUUCCAAUUUUUUUUGAUGUUUGCUGUGAUGGCAUGCAUAUGUCCACGUUGACGGUGCUGGAGGGCAUACCUGAAAUAAUGAUAGGCAAGCAUAUUUUUUUAUAGGCCGGUUCUAAAAAACGAUGCUCAUUGCCAACCACUCUGAGGGGCAUUUUGAAGAGGCAGAAGGAUCCUUCUCUUUGUUAACAUUCUGCAUGAGCUUUUUAAGAGGAUGACUGUUGUCCUGGAGGGUCUACUCGAGAUUGGUUUACUCUCGUGCUCAUAAGUCUAGGUUAUGACAGAUCUUGGCCAUUUGGAUAACAUACUUGGGACUGAAAUUGGUAUGGCCAAGUUGUCGGGAUAUUGAGGAAGAGUCUUCUGAAAAUGUCUGGCCAAGGAAGUAUCAGUCUAUACAGAAGCCAUGAAGGCAGGAAGAUUGCAAAAAAUGAGUGGCUGCAAGAUUGCA